AUGUCCACCCUUCCACGUAACGGAGUGAAUGGAGACAUUCAAACGCCGAUACCCACAGACGGUGUACUCACGCUUACAGAGACACCCGGUGCACUACUUACUGAAGCGAGCACAACUGGCAGAGCGCACUCCCUCACCAGACUUACCGACUCCCUCCCUAGCACUCGCCGCUUUUAUCGCCGCGAAAAGACUCGAAGCAUCUCAAGCGCCUCCAGCACCGCAUCCUCCGCAAUCUCCGCGACCUCCACAAACAUCGCAAGCCCUUCGCGGUCCUCAGACGAAUUAAACUCGGCCAUACCACUCUCGAUCACUAUACGUAACGUUGAUGGCCCUCCCACUGGCACAUACCUCGACGGCUGGCCCCCUGUCAACAUCCAGCCACCUCUCGACAUCGACAUCGGCUUUGUAGAGAUCUGCGUCUUCUUUACGGCCUGGCUCCAGAUUCAGGAACUUCUCAUCCGCCUUAUGCGUAACGCUGUCACGCAGAAGAUGUUGGCCAAGCUAGUCUUGAGCGCCGUGGGCAAUCUGGACAAGAAGAACCUCAAGAAGUGCUACGACAAGAUCACUCGAAGGAUAUCUCUUUGCGGCAAAGCGCACUUCAAUGUCGACAGUUGGGAUAUCUCGACUGCAAGAGCCGCCGGGAGAACAGAGGACAUGACAGCCAACUUAUGGACCAACCCUUCUGACAUGGAGUGGGCGCAUGCGAAAUUCUCUGAGGUCUAUAGCCCAGUGUCCGAGGAAAGCUGGCCUACUGGUAUCAACCGUGGUGGCUUGCUUACGCAGUGCAUUGAAUGGGCACGAGAUCAUCAAGACGAGUUUCCGACCCUCGACACAUCCAACUUCGGCUAG